AUGGCUUUCGCCGGCGUCUCUCUCGUCGGCACCGAUGGCAUGCUGAGCCCGUCCACCGCGUCGCCCAUCGACGCCGGCGCCGGCAGCGGGUACCACCUGCUCGCGGUGGAAGGCUACUCACGCAACAGGGACGCCCUGCCCAACGGCGAGCACGUCCGAUGCCGCACGUUCUUAGUCGGAGGCCACCGCUGGUAUCUCAAGUACUACCCCAACGGCUACGACUCCAGCUGCGCCGGGUACAUAUCUGUCUCCCUCGCCCUUGAGGAGGCCGACGGCGGCUAUGCGCCGGCGGCGCGCCCCGUGAAGGCCCAGGUCGCCUUCAGUUUCAUCGACCAGACCCGGCUGCAGGUGACGGCGAAGAUCCGUGGAACCAGAAUCAAGGACUUCAGCCUCAACCCUGAGCACUGCUACGCUGAGGCAGUGAGAAGGGAUAUCUUGGAGAGAUCGAAGCAUCUCAAGGACGACAGCUUCACCAUCCGGUGCGAUGUUCUUGUCUUCGCUGAGGAGGGUGCUCGCCGCGCUACUUUUACCGCAGCGCUGCCGCCUGACAUGCAGAGCCAUUUCAGCGACCUCCUCUUGACCGAGGAGGGAGCCGACGUCAUGUUUGAGGUCGGUGGCGGCGGCGACAAGUUCCCGGCGCACCAGUGCAUGCUGGCAGCCCGGUCCGACGUCUUCAAGGCACUGCUCGUCGGCGACAAGAACAACCGCCCUAGCGCGCCGGGAACCGUCGUGAAGAUAGAUGACAUCCAAGCAAAGGUGUUCAGUGGCUUGCUUGCUUUCAUCUACACCGACGCGUUCCCCGACUGGCACAUGGGCAGCCUGGAAAAGGAUCGAGCUGCUGAAGGAGAGACUGAAUCCGGAGAGGAUGGAAGAGAAGUAUCUGAUGAGUAUGUGAUGUGGCUGCUGCACCUGUUUGAAGCCGCGGAUCGGUACGAACUCCCAAGGCUCAAGUCGAUCUGCGAAGAGAUGCUGGUCAGUCGUUACAUACGCGUGACCACUGUGGCGGACAUCGUCGUCGUGGCUGAGAAGAUUGGUAGCGGCUGGAUGAAGGAGGUGUGCUUAGAGUUUAUCAGAGCGCAUACGAGUUUGCACGCAGUUUUCAGUGUGGAUGGUUUUGAGCAGAUGAUCCGAGAGUGCACUCCCUCCGGUCUCAAGGAGCUCAUCUCCAAGUUUGCUGCAUAA